CAAUUUUAGCGCACGCCGCACACCGUCAGUCUUGCUCGGAAUUUGUUGUCUUGCAGCGGCGCACCACGAAGACUGCCGGUUUUCGGUUGUGAAACGCCAUCAUCAGUGGGUUCAAGUGGGUCCGUGUUUUAUCCGGUGUUGUUUUUAUGUGUGGCUAGCGCCAGCAAACGGUGCACGGUGGAAAGAAAGUACGGCAAUCGAAAGCGGUGAACGUGUGCUAGUGUCGUCCCAAGCAGUAGUUAUUGCCACUUAAGUCAGUCGCCCCUGACCCAGCUCUCAAAAAAAAAAAGGAAAUAUCUCCGUCUCCAAUAAUCCUCCAACAUUCCGUCGUCGUCGUCGUCGCUAUCAAUCGUUGUUCUUACGAGCGGUUCAAGCAACACUAUGUCGGAUCCGGUUGAAGUAGAGCAAAUGUCGGAGACUAAGCCUCGCAAGAUGGCAUUACCAACCUCCCUCGAUAAGGAUGCGAUUCGUGAGGCGUACGAGGAGGUACGCUCGAACCUGAGCGAUCACGAAUGGGCCGUGUUUAAGUUCGACGGCCUAAAGAUCGUUUGCUCGGCGAAGGGCCAAGGGUUCGAGGAGUUUUGCGGCGAGUUUCACGACGAUGAGCGCGCGUUCGGCUACAUCCGGAUACAGAUGGGCGACGAAAUGUCGAAGCGAAGCAAGUUUCUGUUCCUGACCUGGAUCGGACCGGAAGUCGGUGUGAUGCAGCGCGCCAAAAUGUCCACCGACAAGUCGAUCAUCAAGGAUGUGAUCAAUAACUUUGCCGUCGAGCUGCAGGUGGAAACGAGCGUCGAUCUGGAUCUGGAGAUGUUUAAGGCGCAUCUGAACAAAGCGGGCGGCGCUAACUAUGGGACUGGUGUGCGGGAGCUGUAAAACUCUGCCCUACCAGAUGAUGAUGACGAGGAGAGUCUGGAGACGUAGAAAUUAGCGUAGCGCGCCGGUGUGGAUGAUGAUAGUGGGAUGAGCUCUAGACGAAUCGCGUUAGAAUGUGAUCUGUGCCAGCCGGCCUAUUGCCUAUUGCCAUUCCAUAGAUUCACGAUUCAUUCAGCCGCGAACCCCUUUUCAGGUGGAUGCAAAAGUGUUGUACACACCUUUCUACUAAUAAUACUCAGGCCAUCUUGUAAGAUUAAUGGUGUGGGAGGGUUUUUUUUUGGGGAUGGGAGGGGAGGUUAAAAAAUGCACCCAUUUUUGGUUCGGGUUGAAGGAGAUAAUAUCCCGCACAAUACGCCAUCUUUACCAUUAAUGUUAUAAUUGGCCUUGAGCAUUAUUUUUCAACAUGCGAAACAUAUCAUUUGUAGAACAAUCAUUCAUUGAUUUUUCUAUUUCGGGGUUUUGUUUUUGCUGAGUGGGAUCAGCAGUUUGGUUUUUUGUUGGGGUUUUUUUUUUUUAGUUCACUGUUCAUCGAACAGAUCGGACGGUCGGGCUCUCGAUGACUGUACCGUGGGUCAAUGUUUAGCUUGAAAUAUUUGCAAUGGGUCAGGGGAAAAUCCUCAUGGGCGGGUGUUUGCAAAACAAACGUGCCUUUUUUUUAUUCAAAUUGACACGAAAAAUUCAUAGGCGUUCAUAAAUUUCACAAACGUAUUAUAUGUAGCAAGCAGUACUAUAGAACUGAUCCAAGAGUACAGUAGAAAUGCAAGUUUUCUGUAGGAAGCUGAAAUUAUCGAAUGGAAGGAAAACAAAGGGCAAGCAAAUUUGAUUUAUAAAUCUAGCAUAAAUCUUCGCUUCAAUGACACACUUAAUUUUCGCAAACAAAAAAAAGAAAAACUAGCUGUUAAUGUAGGAGGAAGCACAAAAUGAUGGAUGAAACGAUGGGCGUACGUAAAGAAAAGGAAAUUGAUAUUGCAUUCUGGUCAUUCCGCACCUAAACAAUUAGCAAUGCGAUUCGCGCUGUGGUACGGAUACAUCAAGAACACAAUCUUUUUGGCACUGAGAUAGAAACAAAAGUAACGAUGUUGUGAUUUGAUUUUUUUUCUUGCAAAAUUGCACAAAUUAUAUAUUUAAGCUUAUAUCGUAACUCUAUCGUUCGUCUAUGUUAAUGUUUCCAAAUUUCCUUCCUCCACGACUUUUGCACGACGAAUCGUUAAACCGUCGAAACUAUUCACAGCACCCAACGGCGGGGUCGGGAUUGAUUCGUUCGUCAUUCUGUCAUUAACACACACAACACUGUACUCUACUUUUGAGAAGCAUUUUCAUCGUAAAAAAACUAUACUUAAAUACGUUUGCCGACACUGCUUGAGUGUGAGUGAGAUGGCGAGCGGUAUAGGUGUAUACAGCAAUGGGCAAUGGCAAAUUGAACUAUAAAAUAUUGCAAUUAAAAAAAUCUGUUUCGUAACGUGACCGGCGGGGGGAAAAGAAUCGAACUGAGCGAAAAGGAACAACACGUGCAUGCUCUAAAUUCAACAGACUGAAUACCGAAUGUGAAGCGCCGGUUUACUGCUGUGACAAUCAAAGCAAUUUAACAGAAUAAAAAAUGUAUAACGUUAAA